AUGGUGACUUCAACCCCGUAUUACGCACAGUCAAAUGGCCAGGUUGAGGUUACAAAUAAAAUUUUUAACAAUUUGAUUAAGAAACAUGUUGGUAGGAUGCCACGUAGUUGGCAUAAGACAUUAAAUCAAGUUCUUUGGGCAUAUCAGAAUUUUUCGAGGAGAUCAACAAAUACUUCGCUUUAUAAAUUAGUGUAUGGUCAUGAUGCGGUAUUGCCUUUUGAAAUUAAUCUUAAUACUAUGCGAGUGAUGAAGCAAGAUGAUUUACCAAUCGAGGAUUAUUGGAAUGCUAUGUUCGAUGAGAUGAAUGAAUUAGACAAUGAGCGAAUUAUGGCACUUGAUAAUCUUGUUCAUAAAAAAAAGUAG